CUCCCCAUCGCCUACAUCAUCCCGAGGUCGCCAUUUAAUCAUCAGUCAAUCUAUCCUUCAUCGCGACAUUUGCGGCGCUGGAAUAUCUCGUCCGCCGGUCAAGAUCGCGAUCCGCAUCUCACUCAUGAUCAGACGAUAGGUUGAGCAAUUCUCUCACGAUGCUACCCCGAGCUGCAGCCAUGCGAGCUCUGCGGCCCACAAGCCUGCCUUCUUCGAUUGUUAUCCGAUCGCGAGCAUAUCCUAGCAAUGUAUCCCUAUCAUCAUUCACAUCACGGCAUUUUGCUUCAGGGAACAAGCCUCGGAAAGGUGUCCCUCCACCUCGCGCGCCGUCAGCAGCAGCGCCGCGCGCUCCACCUCCUGCUCCCCCGCCCCGAGCUCCUACGCGACCUGUUCCAGCUGCAUCGCAGUCAUCAACUGGAAAGGACCAGACAUCAGCUCCGGCUGCCUCGCAAGUCUCGCCGGUGCAAGGAUCGCGACCCAAGGAAGAGGUGACCAGGCAAGCAACAGAAGCGAAAGAAACGCCCGCGCAGGAGCCCGUCGCUCAAAAGAAGGAUAUUGAUGAGCCCGUCGAGGGUUCCGCGCGAGCAACAGCACAAGACGGUCUCGCAGCUUCGGAAAACACAGUAGCACCAGAAAACGCGAGUGAACCACAAAAACCACAAACACCGCUCCCCGAUCUUCGACAAGGUCUGCCCUCGACAUUCGACUUUGAAUUUGGCAGCAAGAAAAGCCAAGGCAAGUCCGAGGGAAAAGAUGAUUUUGAUGUGGCUAAUCUGCCGGAGGAGGUUGUUCGAGGAAGGGAAAAGGGAGAUCGCGAAUACGAUGCGUCUGCAUACGAGACGUCUACAGAUCGCAGACGCAAUGCAAUGGCGCAGUACGGCUUCGCCGCCGCCUUGAUCGCUGCCAUCGGUAGUGCACUCUACAUGGCGCGUCCGUUUCCUGAGGACGGAACAACAGCCACAAACCCCGGAGAAGCAGCACCGAAAGGGUUCGAUGCAUCAAACGCCCGAUCCUGGAGCCCUGGAAGCAUGUAUGCUCGUAUCCGUGCUCGAAUGGGCAACUCAAUGGGCUAUUACACCGAACCUGCGUUCACAAAACUUCUGCCAGACAUCCCUCCAGGAAACCAGGCUCCACCAUACACCCUGGUUCUCUCUUUGGAGGAUCUGAUGGUACACACUACCUGGGACACCAAGAAUGGCUACCGUUUGGCAAAACGACCAGGUCUCGACUACUUCAUCCGCUAUCUCUCGCAAUAUUAUGAAUUGGUUCUUUUCACCACCUCUCCUCGUUACAUGGCCGAUAGCGUCAUGGCCAAGCUUGAUCCUUUCCACUUCAUCAUGUGGCCACUAGGCCGAGAAGCCACACGGUACGAAAACGGAGAAUAUGUCAAGGAUCUUGAAUACCUCAACCGACCUCUAUCAAAAACCAUUAUUGUCGACACGCGCGCUGCCCAUGUAAAGAAUCAGCCCGAGAACGCUAUCGUCCUACCUGGAUGGAAAGGAACAGCCGACUCCAGCGCUGCGGACCUUGUGGCGUUGAUCCCCUUCCUCGAGUACAUCGCUACCAUGGGCACCGAGGACGUCCGCACAGUCCUCAAAUCGUUCGAAGGCACCAACAUUCCCGAGGAAUUCGCUCGGCGCGAGGCCAUUGCCCGUGCGAAGUUCAUGGAGCAAAACUCGUCGCAGCGUUCUAAGAAGCCUAAAUUCUCCGUCGGUAGCCUCGCGGGCUCAUUGGGUGUGACGUCCAAGGGCAUGGGUGGCGGCAUGGUGCUCGGUGAUGGCCAGAGUGUUGCGGAGGGCUUGGCUCAGGGCAAGAUGCUCAUCGAUCAGAUCCGUGAGCAAGGUCAAAAGCAAUACGAAGCUCUGGAGAAGCAAAUCCGUGAGCACGGAGAGCAGUGGCUGAAGGAGGAGAAGGAGGAGCAGCAGAGGCUCAUGGAUCAGAGUAUGAAGGAGAUGAAGCAGGGUGCCCUCGGCUGGUUCGGCGGUAGCAAGAAGGAGCCCACCGCUGAAGAGAGCAAGUAG